UACGCGUUGGAAGGGGAUGUUUUUCGGGGUUUCUGACUGUUUCCUCCUCCGCCUUUUUGCUUACUGUAUAAAAGGCAAGUGUUUCCUAGCAGUCCUGUUCAUCGCGCUUCGUCCUUCAAUCAGUAUGGACUCAAAGGAUGCUCAAGAGACUUUAGAAAGAGGCGGCGAGGACGCGCGCUGUACUUGCAGGGGGGCGCGGAGGAAAGUGGUGGCCGUGCUCUUCAUCCAGAGUUUAUUAACAGCCACGUGCGCUGCCAUCAGCCUCUGGAUCUUCUUCGGCCAGACCGAAAAGCAGGACAAAGGGAUUGUGCUAUUUUCACCGGACAAAGGGAUAUAUUUGGAGUUGAUCGACAAAGAAAAAUUCACAUUCAACACUUUAUGGAACAACAGUGCGAAUCUGCAGCAUGGGAAAAACGUGGUAGUGUCCUGUGCAGGGCCAUACACGGUCUACAUGUGGGCUAAUGUGAUAAGCUUUGAUGAACUUUCAGGGACUGUAAACCUGACGAUGUUGCAAGGAAAUCAAAUAGUCUACCAGCAGACCAUGCAAAGCACAGAAAGGGCGAAAGUACAGAGCGCAGCCAUGCUGGCUGAGGACAAGGAGAUCACAUUAGAAAUUUCCAAAAAGGAGAGCACUGACAUCAAAUUUCUCCACAUAGGCCUCCACUACAUGCUGGGAGACCAGUGCUUUGAUUCACCAUAAGAAAGAACCUGAUUCGUAUAUGAAGCUCUUUAAGGUGCUUUUCGUCUUUCCAGUGACAUACCCGUGGUUUGUCAAAAUAAUAUUUUCAUCUGGAAGUUACUCAAUAUCCUCACCCAGAUUUUAAAACAUUCCUGAGUUAUUAAUUCAAUAACCAACCCUUCCCUGGACUAAAGUUGUGAUUGUGAAGCAAAAGAGGACAAAUAACCUUUUGGGAACUACAAAAGGAAACAAGAUUUGGCAAUUGUGAAAUACCUACUGAAACAUACAAUGGAUGACGUGGUGUUUAAUGCAGGGCCACCGUCACACAGUGACGUAUCAAAUAUAGUGUACCUCACCAGAAUCUGGAUUUGUGAGGGUUUCAUAAGCUCUUUGUAGAAUGUAAUGAUGAUUUUAUAACUACGUCUUACCAAUGUAUAUAGUGCUGUGAAAAGGAUUCAGAUUUUAUCCUGAUAAAGCUUUCAGAUACUGACAAAGAAUGAUGUUCUCAACGUUUGUCAAGUUCCUCACUGGAACAGAUAUUGAAAAUGUUCAAUGUCGUCUUACAAAUGAAUGUUUUUAUGAUAUUUAAAUAUUAAUUAUCUUGGUGAACUGUAAAAUGUAUUUAUACUGAAAGCAAAAUGAAUAAAUUAAAUAUUUAAUCAAGCCACCAUUAAUGUGAUGGUGAACUUAAGCACUAAAGGCAUAAGAAGGGAAGCAAACAAAAUUUUCUGUUAUCUGCAUAUUAACAAAUUCAUUUUUAUACCCAAUAGUUACAAUAGGUUUUUAGUUUAUUUUCAGUGCAAUGUGUUUGUAUAUAUCAAGCAUAACCCUACAUGUCUAACCAAUGUCUGCGAUUGCUAUACUGUAGCAAAGCUUUAUUUAUACAGCAAGG